AAAAUAUUUAUGAAAACUACACUUAUUCAAAAUAUCUUACUAAAGCAGGGAAAUCCACAAAUGUUGAAAAUACAUACACCAAAACUAACCUUAUUGAAUUGGGACUCACCUCCUCAAGGAUUUUACACUAAAGAGUUUUUUGAAAAAAAUAAAAAAUAAAUUCAUAUAUAUGAAGCCAUCGAGGAAAAUAUGAAAUAUCAUUACCUUAAUCCAGAAUCAAUUUUUGACCCUUAAAAUUAAACAGACAUGUUUUACCCUUACAACAACAACAUGAAAAUUAAUAGAGAUUUGCAUCUUAUUUUGGCAGAAGCAUAUUUUGGUUCAACUAAACCUAAAACAGCAAUCAUAGGUGCCUAAGCAACCUCCCGUCUGGUUAGGUAUAUUUAAGAUUUAAAUUAUGAUCCAGUUGCUUGUGAUAGUAAAAGGAAUUUCAUAGACUUCACAAAUUAUAUUUUAAAUCUAAAUGGGCUUUCAUCUCAAUAGUUAGUAUAAAUGGAAAAAUAUGAAUAUCUCUCAGGUAAGAAGUUCGAUUUCAUUGAAAUUGAGGAGGUCUUUCGUAAACCAUUUGCAUUGAUUGUGCCUGCUCUCAAGGCAAUUAAUGACGGUGGAUUAUUGAUUUACACAAUAUCACAGUUCAUCCCUAAUUUUUUGAGGAUUGGAAAACAACUUAAAUAGCAAAUCCACUUUUUCCCAAAUGACGUACAUUGCAAUUCUGAAACCACACUUUAAGGAACUCUUGCUAAAAUUGCUUAAGUCGCACAUGAUCUUGGCAAACAUAUUGAGCCUCUCUACACUUAAGCCACUGCUAAUCAAGUUGGAAAUAUUACAGUGUGUAUGGCAGUUAGAAAUGGGAAAAAGGAUCUAAAUCUAUAUAAUGCUUAUUGUACUACAUGUGGUCGAUUUAAAAAUGGUUGUGAAUAAUCUAAUAUGUGUUCUUUCACAGGAAUGGGUCAAUUGUAUGUACAGAAUUUUGAUCAAAACAAAGAAUACUUAGAGAAGUGUUUGCAAAUUCAUAAAUAUUCAAAUUCUAAAUUUUUAUAGCAAAUGUUAGAUUAAGUAUACAAAAUGCCUAGCGACUGUUAUCCAUUCUACGCCAAUAAAUAUAUGAAAUAUGAGAGUUCCUUUAUGUUUUAUGAGGUUCUAGGAAACAAUGAAGGUUAUUUCGUAUCCAAAUCUCCUUAUCAUAAUAUGCCCACUAUUUAUACCAACAUGCCUUGGAAUAUAUUGAUGGGCAAGCUCCAUUCAUUUGUAAAUUUAUAUAUUUAUUCCUAGAUGGUUGAAACUAAUCAAGAACCUUCCGCUUAUGUAGCAUCCUUCCCUAAACAACAAUUAAUUCAAUAAAAUAUUCAGCCAGCAAUAAGAAUACAUUAUGAUGAGGAAACAAAAUUAUAACCACUUCCAAGGUAAUUAAAAGUCAAAAGACAGGAUGAUUAUGGAUGGUAAAUUUGAUAAUUUAAUUUUUUAAUCGUGAUAUAAUAAACC